UUGUUGGUUGCGCGUAUCAAGAUCAAGAGUGAGUGUACUCAACUCUAUUUACAUCUUCGUUACACAUUAAUUACAUUUUUAAAAAAUAACUGCUGAGCGGGAGAGAGGGAACAAGAGUUAAGUUUUUUUGAAUUUUUUGUAGUGGCAAGACAAGUUUGUGAGAAAGUUUUUUUACGUGAGUACUCAGUACUUGUUUAGUGUCUCACUCCCUCAUUUGUUAACCAAAUCUCUGUACACUUUCAGUUACAAAUAUAUACAUAUAUAUAUUUGUACUUACAUAUAUACACGCAGUUUAUUAUAUUAACUAUAUCUGUAUAGUUGUCAGUUCAUGUGUACAAAGUAACGUCAGUGCAACAAGGCGGGAGUAUAAUAUAAUAUAAUAUAAUAUAAUAUAUUUAUUAUUAUGAGUGAUAGUGGAUAUAUAAAUAUAUGACUAUGAUGGAUUUUAAAUGAUAAAUAUAUAAGUGAAUUAUAUUGUAGAAUUGUAAUAAAAUAACAAGAGUUGGAGUUUGUAGCAGGUAUAUAUUUUUUGAUCGUUAUCGCGAAAUAAUUUCGCGAGGUAAGACUCAAGCUAACGGACAACAACGGCGACGACGACGACGACGGGCGUCCUGAUGUUGUAACGAAACGGUCAAAAUGGAAGAACGCAGCGUUCAUAGCAGUAUCAGUGAUAUAAAUAGUGAGGAGCCAGCGAGGACUGAACCAAUAAAUUUACCGAGAAAAAAGAGAAUAUGUUUGGUGGGCUUGGCCAGCAAUGAUCCAGCACUCGGAACUGCUGCUCAGCAGUUCGGUGUCCCUGUUCUCAAAUCAGAGACGGGAGCUGAAUAUAUCGACGAUACAACUUAUUGUACGUACUUUAUACUCAAGCAUUUUGAAGGAUCUGAGUAUGAAAUAUUACACAAAAGUCCUCACAGAAUACUGGGGCCCACGGCUCUUCUUCAACUGGCGGACAAGAAAGAAUCUUUACCGAGUAUCAAUAGACCCAUGUUCACAAGAUCAAUGCUAGGAACUGUUGUGGUGUUUACAGGUUUCAGAAAGAAAGAUGAAUUGACAAGGCUCAUCAAUAUGAUUCACAGUAUGGGUGGUAGUAUUAGAAAAGAAAUGGGUGCUAAAGUGACUCAUCUAAUAGCUAAUUGCUGUGGCGGUGAUAAAUAUAGAUAUGCUGUGACAUUCAGGGUGCCGAUAAUGUCAAUGAAUUGGGUUAUUGCACUUUGGGAUGCUAAAAAUGACGCAACAAGUUAUGGAAAUAAUGAAGAUGUGAUAAAUCACUUCAAGCUAAAACCUUUCUUUGGUGCCCGCGUAUGUUUCUUUGGAUUCCCGGAAGAUGAAAAGAGACAUAUGUGCGAAGUGCUACAGCAACAGGGUGGCGAACCAACAGAAAUCGACGAUCCUGAAUGCAGUCAUGUCAUCAUCGAUUUAAACAGCCAGUACUUCAUCACCGAGUCACAACAAUAUAUUAAAAAGAAAUUAAAUUUACACCAUACUAGUAAUUUAUCACCUAUCACUCCAUCUCAUAAUAAAACAUUCACUUAUUACGAUUCAAAAAGCCUGGGAAUGCAUUCCGUUGGCCCUAAUGACGACGAUUGUGAGUCUGUACACAGUAGAAUCAAUAGCAUAAGUUCAUUGAUGACACUAGACUCUGUUAAUUUUGAUAAACAUCCAGUUGUCAAUAAUAACAAUAAUAUUUAUGAUAACAACAGUCAAGACUCAGCAAUUUUUAUGGACUUCAAUUCACGGUCUGAAUCUCCCGGUUUUUUUGAUGAAUCUGAAUUUCAGAAUGAAUUUAUCAAUACUUCUUCCCCGUCAAAAACUCCCUCUUCUUGCAAACUCAAAAAUUCCCCGUCAACAAAAGAACGCCAGCCAAGAGCUACGAAUAUUAGCGUUUCUAUGUCACUACGACGUUAUAUAAAAUGGAAAAGAUCUAAAUCAUGUUACUCGCUCCCUAAAAUGACAUUGAAUCAACCGCGAUUCGUUAAAAGCCAAUCAUACUCCGCUUUACUUAAAGAUAAUCCCGAAGAAUUUUUAACAGUCGAUUCAAAAGCUAAAAUAUCCCGGGCAUCUCGGCGGUCCCAAUUACAAACUCAUUACAGUCCACGUAGAAAUUCAUUGGUGGCAUCAUUAUACGACAUGACAUUUACCCCAUCAUUUAAACGCACAAUUAAAAUAAAUGAUAACAGUAACGAUGAUGACGUAUUUGAAGAUAACGACAUUAAACAUAAACGUUCAUUAUCAUGUGGGUUGCUUUCUAUGCAAACUAAAAGAUCUAAAUUGUCAUCUGCUUCAAAUUUACUCGAGUACGCUGAGGGUUUUAGUACAAUUGAUAAGAUAACAGCCGACUCUAAUACUGAUUCAUUGAGAGAGAAAUACACCAGGCAGGAGGAUCGACCAUUUAGGAUGGUCGUUGACGAAUCAAAUGUCAAUACAUUACCUGACCUGGCCUCAGUACGAGCUUACAUUGUAAAGGCCGAGUGGUUUUGGACAUCAGUACAAAAUGAAGGCGCUGCUGAUGAAAAGGAAUAUCUAUUUGAAGAUUAUCUGGAGUCGAUGUUGUCACCAAGUGCAUCAGUACGUAAAGAUAGUCAGCAAGCUGCAACACCAACAACAGCAUCAACAAGACGAAAACGUAAACGUCUUGCUGAAACAUUGUCAAGCCUCGUGCAAAAUGGUGCCGAUUCACCGGCUGUACAUAAAAGAAGAUCCAGCAUCAGCGAUGCAGGCCACCUGAGUGUUAGUGGGAGCUUCUUAGAUUGCACUGCGAGUCCUGACAAGCAGAUGCUAGAUGAUAUUCCAGAAGUAGAAGCUGUAAGUACAGAGACGGCUCGUAAAAAUUUAUCGCCACGUCAUCAAGUGUUCCUGGAAUUGGUGCAGACAGAAUCUAAUUACGUUGGAAUCCUCAGCACAAUUAUGACCUUAUUUAAGUCGCCUUUAGAGGAUUACAUUGAAACGAGCAACGAACUACUGAACAGCACAGAGGCAAAAAUAAUAUUCGGCAAUUUCCCGCCAAUAUAUGAAGUCCACAAAAAAAUGUUGGAAGAGUUGCGAUAUAGCGCGGCGCACUGGACUGAAGACAUAAGCAUAGGAAAUAUAUUUUUAAAAUACGCGCCAGAUUUAAUGAAAGCGUACCCGCCUUAUGUUAAUUUUUUUGAAAAUACUAAAGAAAUGUUGGAGCAGUGCGAUCAAAAUAAACCGCGUUUCCAUGCGUUCUUGAAGAUAUGUCAGACAAAACCCGAGUGCGGCAGACAAAGUUUGAAAGAGUUGAUGAUAAAACCUGUGCAACGAUUACCCAGUAUUAGUUUAUUAUUAACGGAUAUUCUUAAGCACACGAAUAAAAAUAAUACGGAUCACAGUGCUUUGGAAUUGUCAAUCAGUAGUAUUAAAGAAGUAAUGACGUAUAUUAAUGAAGAUAAGAGAAAGACAGAAGGCCAGCUAGCAAUGUUCGAUAUAUUCAAUGAGAUAGACAACUGUCCGCCUCAUCUAGUCUCAUCACACCGUUCGUUUAUCGGUAAAUGUGAAGUUAUGGAACUGAGUGAAGGUUUGAGUGGUCGUGGUGAUCAUUUAGUUUUAUUUUUAUUCACUGAUACUCUUGAGAUAUGUAAGAAACGUUCGAAGGCUUUUAACUCACUCAAGAGUCCUAAUACGGUCAAUGGAUUACAUACCGUCAAACUUAAUCAGGGAAAACCGUACAAACAUAUUAAAUUACUGUCGCUAAGUACAAUUAAAAAAGUUGUAGACAUUCGGGAAACUGAUGAAUGUCAAAAUGUAUUCGCCUUAAUGGUCAGAAAUAAUCAAGAACUAAAAGAAAAAUUAUAUUCAUUUACAAUAACCGAUGAGGAAGUUAACAAAUGUAAUUAUUUACGGACUCUCUGCAGACAAAUGGCCAAUACAGUUUGCAAAGCCGAUGCCGAUACUUUCCUUAUAAGUCUCGAUUCACAUCAACUUGAAAUCGAUACCAGUGACGUCGCGCUGGGGACAUUAAGUAAAGCAUUUAAGUUCGCAUCACGUACCAGGAUGAAAGUUGGCAGAGCAUUCAGCUUCAAUAAAACGCCGAGUAAAUUAAAAAGAGCCAUGUCCACGAUGAUGUCACCGUUCGGAUCGACGAACAGCCUCACCCCCGCAAGCCAACAACUUGCCCAAAUGCGCUUGGCAAGUUGUAACAACAUCAACGAACUGGGCAAUGGUGGUACAGAUUCGCCGUCUAGAGAUGAAGUUCUCGUUGCGCCGAUGUCGGUUCAACCGACCAGGAAGGCUAAGUGCAGUUCCUUAAGUAUGGCUUCAUUAAGAAGAAACUGUUCCGAGGAAACGAUUCAGGAAAAAACAAACGUUUGAAGGUAUACGACUUUAAUAAUAUACCAUCGGGAAUUUUACUUCAAGAUUGUUAAAUCAACAAUAUAAUUAUUAUAAUAAUAUAAGUAUUUAAAUAUAAAUUAUUAUAUAAUUUUAUUUAUAGUAAAAAAAAAUUAAAUUUAUUUAACAAUCGCAUUUUAAUGAUAGCUCUAAAUUUAUUUAAAAAAUAUAAAUCAUACUCAUAUAUAAAAAAAAAAAUUAUGUGCCAUUAGAAUAACAACAGCACAAUUUGCCAUGUAAAUUAAAUUUAUAAAAAAAAAAAUCAAUGCCUAAUUUAAUGCCAAAAUUAUUAAAAAAAAAUUUAAUGGUAUAGUUUUAAUUUAUAAAAAAUAAUAGAAUUUUUAUUGGCCAAAAUUUUGAUAU